AAAAUAAUUAGAGUGAAAAAGAUACAAAAUUUGGAUGAAGCACUGCGGAAUGACAUCGUCACCGAUGCUCAUAAAUUGCCGAUCGAUCAGCUGCUCGAUAAUCACAGAGUCGAUCCGAAACGCGGUCUCGCUACGUCAAGGGCGAAAGAGUUGUGGCGGAAAAGUGGCCCAAACGCUUUGACGCCGCCCAAAAAGUCACCUGAGAUUCUUAAACUUUUUCGUUAUUGCUGCGGUGGAUUUUCGCUCCUCAUAUGGGUUGGCUCGUUUCUCUGCUUCGGCAGUUACAUUCUCGAAUACAGUACUCGAGACGAAGUGUCACAGGAUCAUUUAUGGCUCGGAGUGGUUUUAAUCGUGUUGAUAAUGGUGACCGGAAUGUUCAGUUAUUACCAGGAAUCGAAAAGCUCGAAAAUCAUGGAAUCUUUCAACCAAAUGUUGCCCCAACGAACGAAAGUGAUUCGGGACUCGGAGACAAGAGAAUUGAACGUGACCGAAUUGGUCGUCGGGGACAUUGUCCUCGUCGAGACCGGUGACCGUAUACCCGCUGACAUUAGGAUCCUGGAAUGUCAAGGCCUGAAAGUCGAUAAUUCCUCGAUAACCGGUGAAUCAAUGGCGCUUUUACGCUCCGUACAAGCUUCCGAAGGGAGCGUUAUAGAGGCCAAGAAUAUGGCUUUUUUCUCAACCAACGCUGUCGAAGGCACUGGCAAAGGAAUAGUCGUUGCCUGCGGUGACCAGACGGUGAUGGGGAGAGUAGCGAAGCUGACUUCGAGAUUGUCGGCCAGGCCGACGCCCCUGUCCCGCGAAAUUUCUACCUUUAUGCGCUACAUAUCCUGCUGGGCUGUUUUCCUCGGUUCCUUUUUUUUCUUCACUUCGAUUGGAAUCGGCUACGACUGGAUCGACGCGAUCGUCUUCCUCAUCGGCAUCAUCGUCGCGAACGUUCCCGAGGGGCUCUUGGCCACGGUCACAGUCAGCUUGACGCUCACCGCGAAACGAAUGGCGAGCAAAAACUGCCUCGUCAAGAACCUCGAGGCGAUCGAGACGCUGGGCUGCACCUCGGUCAUUUGCAGCGACAAAACUGGCACUUUGACACAAAACAAAAUGACGGUCCGUCACAUGUGGUACGACGGCCAGUUGAAGGAAGUCAUGGCCUCGGACACCUGGCGAAAAUACGCGAACAGUCGCGGCUUCGAAAACCUCGCGAGAAUAGCGAGCCUCUGCAACCGGGCGGAGUGGGCGUCCCCGUCCCCGUCCGAGAGCGCGAGGCCGACACCGCUGAACAAGAGGAACGUCCGGGGCGACGCUUCCGACGUGGCGCUGUUGAAGUGCAUGGAGAUGCUCGUGAAAGGUGGCUCCGAGACUUUUCGAGCCGAGUACGCGAAGGUCUUCGAAAUUCCUUUCAAUUCGACCGACAAGUUCCAAGCGAACGUCCACGCCAAAAACGGUAAAUACUUGGUCUCGUUGAAAGGAGCGCCGGAAAGAGUGCUCGCACGAUGCUCCACGAUUGCGCGCGGCGAUGGGACGCAAAACUUGACCCAAGAGAUGCGAAGCACUUACACCAAAUCCUGCUACGAUCUCGCCAACAAUGGCGAACGCGUGUUGGGCUUCGCCGAUCUGGAAUUAGCCGAAAACAAGUUCCCGAAGGGCUUCCCCUUCAGCGCUGAUCCACCCAACUUCCCAUUGGCCGAUUUGAGAUUGGUUGGCCUGAUAUCGAUGAUGGAUCCUCCAAGGCCGAGCGUCCCGGACGCAGUGUACAAAUGUCGGUGCGCUGGAAUCAAGGUGAUCAUGGUGACCGGGGACCACCCCGACACAGCCAGGGCCGUAGCCAAAUACGUCGGUAUCGUGACCGUCGAUUUCGAGAACGAGAACGAGAGCCAUCGAUCGAUCGUCGUGACCGGGGACGAGCUGCGGGCCUUCAGCGACGAUCAACUCGACUCGCUCAUCCGGCGCUAUCCGGAGAUCGUUUUCGCGCGUACUUCUCCCGUGCAGAAAUUGCAGAUCGUCGAGAGCUGCCAGAGGCUGCAUCUGAUAACGGCCGUCACCGGGGACGGAGUGAACGACUCGCCGGCGCUGAAAAAAGCCGACAUCGGAAUCGCCAUGGGCAUAGCCGGAUCCGAUGUGACCAGACAGGUGGCCGACUUGAUCCUCCUCGAUGACAACUUCGCCUCGAUUGUCACCGGGAUCGAGGAAGGCCGCAGAAUCUUCGACAACCUCAAGUCGAGCAUCGCCUACACCCUGGCGAGCAACGUUCCCGAAAUAACCCCCUUCCUUGCCUUCAUCCUCCUGGGAAUCCCUUUGCCCGUCGGAGUCAUCUGCGUCCUGUGCAUCGACCUUGGCACGGACAUGUGGCCUGCUGUCUCGCUCGCUUACGAAAACUCGGAAAGUGACAUCAUGUCGAGGCGUCCCAGGAUCCCGAACUUGGAUCAUCUCGUCAGUAGGAAAUUGGUGUUCAUGGCAUACGGACAGAUCGGAAUAAUCGAAGCGGCGGCAGGCUUUUUCACGUACCUGGUGGUGAUGGCCGAGCACGGAUUUCUGCCCCAGAGACUGCUGGGUCUGCGUCCGUACUGGGACAGCGAGGCGAUAAACGAUUUGAGCGACAGUUUCGAGCAGGAGUGGACCUACGAGGAGCGCAAGAGGCUCGAGUACACGUGUCACACGGCGUUUUUUGUGAGCAUCGUGAUCGUACAAUGGGCGGACGUGAUAGCGUGCAAGAGCCGGAGAGUCUCGAUAUUCCAGAAGGGAAUGAGCAACUGGACUCUGAACUUUGGGCUUUUGUUCGAGCUCGGGAUGGCGUGUUUCGUGUGUUACGCGCCCUACAUGGACGUCGUCCUCAAGACUUAUCCGCUCCAAGUCUCCUGGUGGUUCCCGGGCCUUCCCUUCGCUCUGUACAUCCUCAUUUACGACGAGCUGAGGAAACUGUGGAUCCGAAAUAACCGGGGGGGUUGGUGGGACCGGGAAACUUCGUAUUGA